AUGGACGACAACAAACGCAAACCAACUGCUUAUGAGAAAUUUAUACGCUCCCUUCAAAGACUAUAUUUUGUCUAUGAGCUCAAUACACAAAUUUCCAUUUGCGAGCCCUGGGAGAAGGUGUUCUGCAAUCUUCUUCUGUGCAGUUGUUUGUGUCUCAUUCUUUACGCGUCGUUUGCCUACGUGCCGAGCUACUGUUUACUACUUUUUCAAUUCCUGGUGCCAGGAACGGCCAGUAAUACGUCCAGUUAUACGAGCGCAGAUAAGUUUUUUAGCGCUGAAUCAUUUUAUAAAUAAAAACACCAAAUAAAAAAUUUGAAAAAUACAA